GCAUAACCCAUUGUCGUGAUGACAAGGAUAAGACAUGGCAUCCUAUUGGUUCCCACUGGAGGAACAGUGAUUGCAUGGACUGCACUUGUGAUUCAUGCUGCUCGGGGUACAGCUUUAUACUAUCACCUACAAAAGGCAUGGUUUAUGUAGCCCUCAGCCUUCCCAGUCUGUAUCUAUCACACUAAAGGAAUAUACUGCCCAUUGCUAUCUUCUCAAAAUAUCCACACAAGCUAUCUCAGUGGUUUAAGAAUAGACUGAGUGGGUGAAAUUCCAUUGAUUUACACAGCAAAAUAAUUUGAUGAUGUUUAUUGUUUGAUUGCAGGUAUGCGACUCCCACACAUUUUCCUGAUGAUUGCAUGAAGGAGUGGGACCAAAAGGCAUGUGAAUUCAAGGUAGUUAAGAAGAGUGAUCCCUCCAUUUCAUGCCCUAUCUUCGGCGCUGUGGGGAAG